AACGAAACGAAUUCCACGUCUUGCUGCACAGUGGAAUUCGGCACAAAGAUCUUUGCUUAUUUCAACUUGGCCCUCGUAAUUGUCUCAACUCUAAUAUCUUUAAUCGCGUUUCUGUACCUGUCGAUAUACCUGAGAAUAAUCCUGCCCAUGGCGGAUGAGGAGCAAACGGAUCCACUGCUGUCGGUUCAAAUGGCCAUUGCCAUCAUCUCGUUGUUUUUCUUUGCAACGGGUCUUGUCUUUGCUGUACUUCUCUUCUGUGGUGUACGCAAGCAAAAGCCGGAAUACAUUAAAGCGUACUUCGUGUACGGAGUAGUUGUGGUGAUGCUAUCCCAGUUGUCUGCAAACGUCUUUGGGGGUGCUAUGUCGGUAAUUGGACUCAUCAUUAGUGUUUCGGCCUUCGUUGUUUGCGUACUCUACUCUUUGAUCCUAUUGAUGAUCAGGAAGACAUACCGGAAAUAUGAAACGCUGCACAGCCAGUUGGAGCACAAGGAUCUCGAAGAAAAGGCUUAAGAAAUAUCUGGUUUUAACCAAAGAAAUAAUCGUCGAUGUGAUGAAUUUUGAUCUUAAAAUAAUUGUAUUUGCUUGCUUUGUUUCCGACUAAAAAUCUGGGCUUGGUAUUGUUUACUAUUGCAGGUUCGAUAUUGUAAAAAAAUUUGCAAGCAGGUAUUAAGUAAUCGCGUUUGAACGAAUUUUAGAAUUAGUGAUAUUGUCCGAUUCUAGUAGAUACCUACGUCGAAGAGUCAAUAAUUCAAUAGUUGAAAUAAAAGUAUAGAUAAUUUGUGUUUAGUAUACAUUGACUUACAAAUAAAUGGACGACGGGUCUAAUACAAAAACCACGAAAAAAAUGUCCCAAG